CGGAUGUGUUGGUUAGCUACAAAAAAGGCAGUGGCUACUAUCGGCUACUGUUAGUGGUGUACUUAUCUCAUGUUACAAAGAACUUUAUUGGCAUAUUAGUGUGAAUUUAAACCGUAUUCACAACUUAAAUAAAAUAUGAGUACAAGCAUAUAAAUGAGUAAGCACAUCGAGUAACGGCGAAGUAAAAGAAGUCCGGUAGUCUAUAGCUGUUAGCACAACACUAGCUUUCAGCUAGAUACCCAAACGUAAAUUAGCGUUGUUUAGAAAUUAACAGCCAUGAGUCUGGCAGUCGGUCGGGAACCCAGAAAGACUGCGGGAAACCGCAUGUCUAAACUCCUGGAUGCUGAAGAAGAGGAUGAGUUCUACAAGACCACUUAUGGAGGCUUCAACGAUGAAUCAGGAGAUGAUGAGUAUCAUGGUGAACAUUCAGACACAGAAGACGAGGUGGACAGCGACUUUGACAUCGAUGAGGGAGACGAGCCAGACAGCGACCAGGAGGAGGAUGCACCUCGGCGGAAAAGUCGAGUUGUCACUAAAGCUUAUAAGGAACCCAUAAAAGUGGCAAAACCCAAACCGAAAAGACCCUCUGAGGAACAGAAGAAGACUGAGAAAACUAAAGUGGAGCUCAAAAGGAGGAUUCCACAAGAAUUCCAAGAUUUUAACGAGACUCGGAAGUCUGUGCGACAGUCCACCAGUGAACAUACCCGAAAGACCAAUUUGCGCUUGCAAGAGCGUCAGGAUGCCCCUCGGAGAAGGAGAGGUGCUCACCGUGACCGGCCCCUUACCCAGGAAGAGCUGCUGGCUGAGGCCAAGAUAACGGCUGAGAUCAACAUUCGGUCACUAGAGAACUAUGAACGUCUGGAGGCAGACAAGAAGAAACAAGUCCACAAGAAGCGGCGUUUUGAAGGACCAACUAUCCGUUACCAUUCAGUCCUGAUGCCCCUUGUCUCUCACUCAGUCCUAAAAGAAGAAAAUGUAGAUGUUGAAGGGUUGGAUCAGGAUGUUCCUCAGACUGCACCGCAAAAUCCCACCACACCUUCCCAGCAGCCUGCUGGAGGCUUGUGCUCCCGUACCUACAUAACAUUCAGUGAUGAUGAGGCGUUCGAGGCGGCCUUUCCACGCAGCGCACAGUCAAGUCCUCAGCUUCCCGUCCAGGAGGUUUGUCCCGUCACUCACAAGGCUGCACUGUACCGAGACCCAGUCACUGACAUACCUUACGCUAACACACGAGCCUUCCGCAUCAUCCGGGAAGCGUACCGUAAAUACGUGGCUGCUCAUGGAUUUCCAAACACUUCGGGAGGGGUGACGGGACAUGACUCCUCGGCAACGAAGGGUGCUCGCCAGAAAAUGCUUGUUAAACAGAGUGCGGUUUCAACAUAGGCUAGUCUCAUAAAAAAUUUAGGAUAUAGGUAUGUAUGUCUUUCUAUAUUUCUCAGUUGAGGCACAGUGACUUGAUUGUGUGACACGUGGGAAAACCAUAACCAAUUGAUCACCAAUUGAUUGGUUGGUACAUUUCCUUAAACAGCAAAAGAAGUCUCACUAGUGUUGUCUCUGUGUAUGAGAGUUUGUUCUGUACAUUAAUACCCAGACAAAUCCCAGGUGAGUGGAUGAAAAACUGCAACUUGGCUUUGGAAUUCAAAAUAGGUUUGAUUCUGCACAUUGGCAGCUUUGAUUUUUUUUUAUUUGCUUUUUUUACUGUUAAGGUUUUUUGUUUCUACAAUUGUACAUACUUACAUACUACAAAAAAUAAAUAUUUGAAACUAA